AUGGACUCCUUCGAAUACAACGCCAACCCCGGCCGAGUCAUCUUCGGCAGCGGCACAUUGAAGAAGCUCCCCGAUGAGCUCGCCCGCCAGAACCUCAAAGCACCUCUCCUCCUCUCGACCCCGCAGCAAGUCUCCCAAGCCGAGAAUGUCAAAACCGUCCUGAACGGCCAAGUGGCCGGCAUCUUCACCGAAGCUACCAUGCACACUCCCACUCACAUCACCGACAAGGCAUUGGAAUACGCAAAAGCCCAAAGUGCCGACUGCGUCGUCUCCAUCGGCGGUGGUAGCACCAUCGGCCUAGGAAAGGCCAUCAGCAUCCGCACCGGCCUGCCGCACAUCUGUAUCCCGACCACCUAUGCGGGCAGUGAGAUGACCCCCAUUCUGGGUGAAACGGCAGACGGAUUGAAGAAGACGCGCUCCGACCCGAAGAUCCUCCCGGGGACUGUGAUCUACGAUGUGGACCUGACUAUGACCUUGCCGGUGGCCAUGAGUGCGACGAGCGGUGUCAAUGCCAUCGCGCAUGCGGUGGAAGCUCUCUACGCGCGCAACACCAACCCCGUGAUCAACCUAAUGGCCCUGGAAGGCACACGCGCCCUCGCCUCCUCCCUCCCCGAAAUUGUCCAGAACCCCAGCUCCCCCUCCGCGCGCUCCUCCGCCCAAUACGGUGCCUGGCUCUGCGGUACCUGUCUCGGCAGCGUAGGCAUGUCCAUCCACCACAAGCUCUGCCACACCCUCGGCGGAAGCUUCAACCUGCCCCAUGCAGAGACGCACACGGCGGUGCUCCCGCACGCUAUCUCCUACAAUGCGCCGAAGAUCCCCGAGGCCAUGAAGAAGUUGGCCGAGGCGCUGCCGGAGAGUAACGGGGAUGCGAUCCACGGGCUGAAUGUCCUGUUGGAGAAGUUGCAGGUUAAGCGUGGAUUGAAGGACUUUGGUAUGAAGGAGGAGGAUAUUGAUAAGGCGGCGGAUAUUGCGGUUAGUAACCCGUACUGGAACCCUAGGGAGAUCCAGCGUGAGCCGAUCCGGGAAUUGAUUCGAAGGGUGUGGGCUGGGGAGCCGGCGAGGGCGGAUUUGUAG